UUUCGUGUUAAUUAUUCGCAUGUGGAAAGCAAUGCCGAGACAAACAGAGGAGGAAUGUAGGAGAAAAGAGAGUAGAGGUCUAAGAGAGUGAGGGAAGAAGAGGGUGAGCUUGAAUCGGACAAAUUGCGUAAAAAAGGGAUAUUGUUUGUCAAAGAAGAAUGGUAGAUCGUGUAAGCAGAGGGAGCUGAAGACAGGAGUAAUUGAAGUGAAUUAGGGUGAAGUAUCGGAGGUGGUAGGUGCGGUAAAGUUAUCGGAGACCGAGGAUCAGAAUGAAGAAGAGUCUGACAGUGGGAGUUAAGUUUGGAAAAAGUGGACUCUUGCCUUUCGGCUGAUCCAAUUGCGUUUUCACGGUGGGUGAAAAAAGGAGUUGGGUCAUGUGGAAUCGGUGAGGGUAACUUGAAGUGGUCUAGUGAUAAUUGUUUGUGUUUCUGCUGAGGACGAAUGCGCUCCAAGUAAAACGAAUGGGGGUCAAAAAUGUUUGCUGUCCGAAGCUUUCGAUCUUUACAAUUCACAUUUUCACAGCUUGGAGGCACACAACAAUGUCUCAGAAGUCUGUCAGGCUCGUCUAAUGUAGUCCAGAAGAACGAUGACAUGCCUUUACAGAUGGAGAAUCCAUACAAACAACCACAGAAGGGCUGCAUUCUCUGUAACAUCACAGUGGACUUCAAGAAUGUUCAGCUGCUGUCCCAGUUUAUAUCCCCACACACAGGAAGAGUUUACGGCAGGCACAUAACAGGUCUAUGUGGUAAGAAACAGCGGGAGAUCGCCAAAGCCAUAAAGAAAGCUCAUUCGAUGGGAUUCAUGUCUGUAACCCACAAGGACCCACAUUUUAUGAAAGAUCCAAACAUCUGUGACAUCCGGCACUUGGAGUAACUGUGUCCGCCUGUAUUGUGGAGCUAGUCUAGCAUAGAUACUGUAAUUGUGUAUUAAAACAUUUUUCAAUGUG